ACAUUAUUUCUUUGUAAACUAAGGAACUAGUUUAAAAACAAAAAAAAAUAGCAAUAUGAAUUUCCUGCAUUUGUCAUUACUUACGUUUUUAAUAAUAAAUAUUGUCGCUGUCUAUGCCGUACCAGUGGACGAGUCAAUAUUACAUCCAGAUGUACAAGGAUCUAAUUCGGAAUACAUUCACCCUACAGAUAAUCAAGAAAUAUUUUUGAAACUGAAAUUGCUGAAAAAGAUUUUAUUCUUUGGUUAAUAUUUAUAUAAAUUUAUAGAAACAAAUAAUGCUACAGAAUAUAUUACUUAUAUGCAUAUACUUAUAUAAAUUUAAAAUGCAAAAUAAUUUUUAAAUGAAACCGUUUUUGCACUAAACACUUAUUUUUCACAAAACAAUAAUCUUAAUAUGCUUACCCUGUGAUUUCUAAGAGCUGGUAACAAUUGACUUUGAAAAAUCCCUGUUAUUCCCAAACGAGUUUCACAUACAUUAUACGUACCAAUUAGACAAAAUUAUAUUCUUUGAAAAACAGCUGAUUUCUAUGUCGCAAAAUUAUAAAAUUUUUUGUUUAGGAAAACAAUUAUAAAUAUGAAAAACGUUGAUUUCUGUUUCUAAAUUGCAUUUUUGAUUAGAAAUAAAUACUCUAUGUGAUUUAACAGGCUUAUUUUUACAUCUUACAAACAUACUUCAACAAAUGUAAUACGAAUCUUAUAACCGUUGUAACAAACAAAUAAAACUAAAAAAGCUAAAAACUUUAUAUAAUCUUAUCUAUAUAACCUAAAAAAUAUAUAAAUUAUGUUAGUUUCAGACAACUUAAGAAACUUAAUCCAUAAACGCAAUCAGGUAUAUUUUCCCGAUUCGUUAAAAAAUAAUUGGCAGAAUCUGUAGAAAAAAAUAGUAAAAUUAAUAAUAUUGAAACUAUCCUUGAUUUGAUAAUUUGUAUAAUUUUUAUUUUUAGCAAAAAAGUUUAUUACGUUCAUUCAAUAAAUGAUCAUAUCGCUGUUUUACAAUUUUUAAAAGUAAUGUAUCAAAAAUAAUAUGAAAAAAUAAAUACAUCUUAA